AUGAAAACUGCUUUCAAGGAGGCAGUUUCCAUGUAUGCCAUACUUCUGUUGUUUUUUUCUUUGAGUUUUGAGGUUUGUCAUGGACAAGCCUUUAAGAAGCCGGCUUCGCCGCCGCCUCCGCCGGCGGAGCUGGAAAGCUGCGACGGGAUCUUCUUGACGUACAGCUUGGUUUCACGGGAGAAGGAAUAUCCGCACGUGAAGAACGUGUCGAAGCAGGCAUGGGCGUUCAAGGCAGAAGCAACGUUGACGAACGUAGGUGAUGAGGAACUGAAAGGGUGGAAGAUGUUCAUUGGGUUCCAGCAUAGGGAGAUUCUGGUGACGGCGGAUGGAGCUGUUCCGGUCGACGCCGAGGAUUUUCCGGCAGAAGUUGGGAACGGGACAACUCUUGCCGGGAACCCCAUGACGGACUUGAAGACUGCCAUUGAAACCGCCAAUGAUUUUACUCAAAUGGCUGUUAGGAUUCAGAUGAGUGGGACACAGUUUGGUUUGGGUACUGGUGGUACCCCAUUGCCUAAGACUAUUAGACUCGUUAAUGAUGGCUUCAAAUGCCCCGCACCUGGUCGUCGAGGUAUCUUUUAUGAUUUGAUUUUUGAUAUUACAUAUGUGGAUGAUGCAGGGUCGAGAAAUAUGUUUGUAUGUUGCAGAAAGGACCCAAAAGCCAGGGCCAAGCUAGCAAAGAAAACCAAGUUCCUUCCUCGUCGCUAUGGAGAUCUAACAAUUGCAUACGACGUGCUUCAAUCUUUCCAGAACAACUAUUACGUUCAAGUGACCAUAGACAACAACCAUCCAUUGGGUCGUCUUGAUCAUUGGAACUUAACAUGGGAAUGGCAAAAGGGUGAGUUCAUAUACUCCAUGAAAGGAGCUUAUGCUCGCAUAAAGGACCAAUCUGAGUGCUUGUAUAGUCUUGCUGGAAGGUACUAUGGGACAAUGGAUUUCUCACAAGUUGCAAAUUGUCAAAAAAGGCCUAUAAUCUCUGAUCUCCCUUCUGAAAGAGCAGAGGAUGAGAAAUUUGGUAAGCUCCCCUGGUGCUGCAAGAAUGGUACCGUGUUGCCUCCUGUUAUGGACAAGAACAAAGCAAGGUCCCUUUUUCAAAUGCAAGUGUAUAAGAUGCCACCUGAUGAUAACAGAACAGCUUUCACUCCUCCAAUGAAAUGGCACAUUGAUGGUGUUAUUAAUCCACUAUAUAAAUGUGGACCUCCAAUCAGAGUUGAUCCACAAGAAUUCCCUGACCCAAGUGGACUUAAAGCAAUUUCUACAGCUGCUGCUAGUUGGCAAAUAGUUUGCAACAUGACCAAACCAAAGCCUCAGCAAAAUCGUUGUUGUGUCUCAUUCUCAGCAUUCUAUAAUGAAUCUGCCAUCCCUUGUAACACAUGUGCUUGUGGUGGUUGUGAUGAUACAAGGAAGUGUAACUCCAAGGCCUCUCAAAUGCUUCUACCACCAGAAGCUCUUCUUGUCCCUUUUGAAAACAGAACCAUAAAGGCACGUGCUUGGGCAAAACUCAAACACUUGCAUGUACCAAAUAAAAUGCCUUGUGGAGAUAACUGUCCUGUUAGCAUUAACUGGCAUGUUAGCUCUGAUCACAAAGAAGGAUGGACGGCUAGGAUCACACUUUUCAAUUGGGAAGAUUUUUCCUUUGAUGAUUGGUUCGCUGCCCUUAAGUUUAAUAGGUCUUUUGAAGAUUUUGAUCAAGUGUAUUCCUUCAAUGGGACAAGGAUUCCAGGAAUCAAAACCAUCUUCUUCCAAGGCCUAAAGGGUUCGAAUUACUUGGCUGGAGAGACCAAUGGAACACAUGAUGAUGAUCCAAGGGUGCCUGGGAAGCAACAAUCUGUGAUUUCUUUCAAGAAGAAGCACAUAAAAAACUUUGAUGUUACACGUGAUGCUUUCCCCACUAAGGUGUUCUUCAAUGGAGAAGAGUGUGCACUUCCUCCAUUUAGACCUGCCAAAAGUUCAGGGCAUCAAUCUUCCAUCAAUGUCCUUGCAGUCAUUUUCACAGCAUUUAUGACUUUCUUCUUGAUGACAGAUCGAGUUUAUUAA